CGACAGGCGAACCAUUGAAACAAAGCCUGCACUCUUCUCGUACAUACCUAGAGCCUAGAGGCUAGUGCUUGAGACUCUGAAGAAAAGAGGGAGCGUUCAGGGCGCUCAAUUGAACCAGGAGGUGCCCGAUUACAUCUGUUUUUCAGGAACUCCGAGGCCCUUCCACCAUGUUUCUCACCAGGAGUGAAUAUGAUCGCGGCGUCAACACCUUCUCUCCGGAAGGGCGGCUCUUUCAAGUGGAGUACGCUAUAGAAGCCAUCAAACUGGGGUCCACUGCUGUGGGUGUGGCUACCAAGGAGGGGGUCAUUCUGGCGGUGGAGAAGCGCAUCACGUCACCCCUGCUGGAGCCCCGGAGUAUUGAGAAGGUGAUGGAGAUUGAUGAGCACAUUGGGUGUGCCAUGAGCGGGCUCACUGCUGACGCCAGGACUCUCAUCGACCAUGCCAGAGCGGAGACCCAGAGCCAUCGGUUCACGUACAACGAGCCCAUGACGGUGGAGUCCUGCACGCAGUCCCUCUGUGACCUGGCGCUGCGCUUUGGAGAGGAUGGGGAGGACUCCAUGAGCCGUCCGUUUGGGGUGGCGUUGCUCAUUGCGGGCUGGGACGAGAGCGGCCCCUGCCUGUACCACACGGACCCAUCCGGCACAUUUGUCAAGUACGAAGCUAAGGCUAUCGGCUCCGGGUCGGAGGGGGCGCAGUCGUCCUUGCAAGAGCACUAUAACAAGGACCUGACGCUGAAAGAAGGGGAGACGCUGGCGCUGUCCACCUUGAAACAGGUCAUGGAGGAGAAGGUUACGGCUACGAACGUAGAUAUUGCGAUAGUAGCUCCCAAGUUUCAUUUGCUGACGGAUGAAGAGAUUCAAGAGGUUAUUGACCGGCUAUAAUUGAGGACGAUCUGAGAUGUCCCUGAGCUUUGGCGCGAACUGCCGCUGCUGAAGCACUCCUUUGUCCACCUUUCGUGCUCUCAGACUUAUCAGCAAAACAUCCGGUAUUGCGAGACCGUUUGAUCUGUUUACCGGAUUGCCUACAUGAAAUUGGAAGUGCGUGACAGCCUGGCGACACCACUAAUGUUUCGAGCUACACGGUUGUUCUGAGGGUCUAGCAAGUACGAGGCUCGCAUGCAUCCUCUCGAGCUCUGGUGCCCGUAUUUGAAUCCAGCUGUACUGAGACAAUCAUAUAUAGGUUCACUUUUGUAUUUGCGGCGUCCCGGCAGGCCUCCGCCUUGAUUUCACUUUGGCGUGC